GUCUUGUCCAUCCACACUCAUACGUACCGUCUCAGGUCACACACUCAACAUAUUCCACGGCCGUUUCUUCCCAGGGAAUUGCUCGCUUAUAGCAAGCUGCAGUCUUGAUGCUUCCGUUAGAGUCCACGACCUUACCACCACUGCUAGCAUUGUAUGCAGCACGGCCCAUCGAGAGAGGGUCAAGAAAUUG